AUGGCCGGGUAUGGUCACAGCACCGGCGGCGGCUUCGGCAGCGGCAGCGGGAGCGGUCCGCCAGGCCCUCAGUACAUGCUCCCCCAGUACGAUGAAGGCGACGACCCCGAUGCCGAUGCGACACCAACUGGUCAGGGCGUCCGCCUGUUGACGAACCUCGACAACAGCUCGUACAUUUCAGUUUCCGAAAUAACCAGCCAGAGUUCACAUAUAGAUAAUGUCAGACCGUAUGUCAUGCCCCUCACACAACCCCUCCAUACCAAUCCCUCAACCCAGACACAUACCCGAACCCAGAGUCCUCCCUUCCAUUCCAAUACCAGUCCCAAAACAAAACAAAGCCAUGAUCGAGUCAUCGUGGUCAACACAUCCCCUCCUCCUUCCCCUUCCCUGUCCCUGUCAGUACCCAACAAGGGACCCGAGAAUCAAGAGGACCAAAGAAACAAGACGGACCUGGAGACGCCCCCGACUCCAAACCAAAGAGAGCACGAGGACCCCGAAGACGACUCCGACAUGGGAAAGGCCGUGACGUUUGCUGCCGCGCCAGAGAUCCUGGGGAGCGACGACCCUCAACAGCAAUACGCCCACCUACCUCACUAUCCUCCACCAUACAGUCCCUUUCGACCCGAGGAGCAAGAGCAAUUCCUUUUGCGACAGCAGCAGCGGCAACAACAAGCGGAAGCGCAGCUACAGCAACAAGAAGAAUCUCAGCUACGGGGAGGAGGAAAGUUGCAGAAGAGGAAGAGGCUGGGUCAAGUGAAGCCUCUUAAGCUGUCUGCGCCUUCACCUUCUCUGGCCUUGCCGACAAUUCCGGAGGGCGCAUCCCCGCGACGAGCGUCGCUUCGUGAGGCGCGUAAGAAGCAGCAGCAGCGGCAAGGAAGCAAGCAGCGGCCCAGCAACAUUACCGAGGAAGGGGACUCUACAAGAUCACUUACACCACCACUCUCCGUUCACUUUGGAUCACCAAAAAGGCGAAACUCAGAGGCAGCACGCUCACAUAUUAUUCCUAAUCACAGCAGCCGGUUACGACAAGCUUAUGAGCCCUCGAUCGACGCCCGCACCUACGAACCAUCACUAGAUACCCGAACAUACGAACCCUCGUUUAGCGAUCGACGACACAUGUACGAACCCUCCAUCGACGAACGAUCAUCGAUUAUGGACCCCCCACGCAUCCCACCACCCGACGGCGGAUCUUACGUUUCUUCCUACAUGGGCACCGAGAGCAUGGUUUCGGGACACGGCAGACCAUGGAGUCCCGUAUCGACUGCCGAUUAUCGAGUUCCACCACAAGGACGGUACGAGCCUUCAGAGAUUGAUGGUCAUCCUAGGCCAGGGACACCAGGAUCGAGUUAUGGAAAUGCGCGGCGACCACUUCCCGCGGCACCAGCGCCUUUCCAAUACAACAGCCCCAGCCGCGCAAUGAGCCAUCAUCCACGAUAUCAUGGAGCAGGAGGUUAUGCCGACGAUGUGACAGUUAGCAUGGGGCCGGACGAUGAUCGAACAGACAUAUUUGGCCCUGAAACCGACCUCAGCGAAUCGCGGCACCUCAAUGAUGCUUACGGGUUCCGGUCAUCCCAGAUAACUCUCAGCGAAGAUCCCCACGGCACCCAUGCCCGUUCCCGGUACGACGACGAAGACGAUGUUAGCACUACUUACUCCUCUAACACCGGCACUAGCGCUUCAGGCGUCGACAAAUUCGAGCAUUACGGCCCCAUCCCAGAAGAAGGCAAACACGAGCGCCGCGGUGUUCGGCCACCACAGAUGUCAAGGAAGGAAGUCCAGCUCAUCAACGGCGAACUGGUCCUCGAGUGCAAGAUUCCGACUAUAUUGUAUUCGUUUCUGCCUAGGAGGGACGAGGUUGAAUUUACGCACAUGCGGUACACGGCCGUUACUUGCGACCCUGAUGACUUUGUCAGCAAGGGGUAUACGUUGCGGCAGAAUUUUGGUCGUACUGCUAGGGAGACGGAGUUGUUCAUCUGCGUCACGAUGUACAACGAGGACGAGUACGGCUUUACACGGACUAUGCACGCAGUCAUGAAGAAUAUCUCGCAUUUUUGCUCGCGAAACAAGAGCAGGACGUGGGGCGCGGACGGGUGGCAGAAGAUUGUUGUCUGUGUGGUUUCUGAUGGCCGAGAGAAGAUUCAUCCUCGGACGCUAGACGCCCUCGCAGCCAUGGGUGUCUACCAGCACGGCAUUGCCAAGAAUUUCGUCAACCAAAAGGCAGUUCAGGCGCAUGUGUACGAGUACACCACGCAAGUGUCUCUGGACAGCGAUCUCAAGUUCAAGGGCGCCGAGAAGGGUAUCGUGCCAUGCCAGAUGAUUUUCUGCUUGAAGGAGAAGAACCAAAAGAAGCUCAACUCCCACAGAUGGUUCUUCAACGCCUUCGGCAAAGCCCUAAACCCGAACGUGUGUAUCCUCUUGGACGUCGGAACCCGCCCCGGCGGCACAAGUCUCUACCACCUCUGGAAAGCCUUCGACACGGAUUCCAACGUGGCGGGAGCCUGCGGGGAGAUUAAAGCGAUGAAGGGGCGGUUCGGCGGGAAUUUGCUCAACCCUCUGGUGGCUAGUCAGAACUUUGAGUACAAGAUGAGUAAUAUUCUGGAUAAGCCGCUGGAGUCGGUGUUUGGGUAUAUCACGGUGUUACCGGGCGCGUUGUCGGCGUAUCGGUUUCAUGCGCUGCAGAAUGAUGAGACGGGUCAUGGACCGUUGAGUCAGUAUUUCAAGGGCGAGACGCUCCAUGGACAGCAUGCGGAUGUGUUCACGGCGAAUAUGUAUCUGGCGGAGGACCGAAUUCUGUGUUGGGAGUUGGUGGCCAAGAGGGGCGAGAGGUGGGUGUUGAAGUAUGUGAAGGGGUGUACGGGUGAGACGGAUGUGCCUGACACCGUCCCGGAAUUCGUCUCGCAACGUCGUCGCUGGCUCAACGGUGCCUUCUUCGCCGCCGUCUACUCCCUCGUCCACUUCCGCCAAAUCUGGAAAACCGACCACACCUUCAUGCGCAAAGCCCUCCUUCACGUCGAAUUCCUCUACCAACUCCUGCAACUCCUCUUCACCUACUUCUCCCUUGCCAACUUCUACCUCGCCUUCUACUUCAUCGCCGGCGGUCUCGCCGAUCCCCACGUCGACCCUUUCAACUCUGACGGCCACGUCUCGCGCAUCAUCUUCAACAUCCUCCGCUACGUCUGCGUCCUGCUCAUCUGCACGCAAUUCAUCAUGUCUCUCGGAAACCGUCCGCAGGGCGCCAAAAGGAUGUACCUAGCCUCCAUGAUCAUCUACGCCGUCAUUAUGGUCUACACCACCUUCGCCACCGUCUUCAUCGUCGUGCGGCAGAUCAAACCCAAAAAAUCCGACGACCCGGACCUAUCUCUCGGCAACAACGUCUUCACCAACCUGAUCGUCUCCGUGGCUAGUACCCUGGGGCUCUAUUUCCUCAUGUCCUUUCUGUACCUGGACCCGUGGCACAUGUUCACUUCAGCAAUCCAGUACUUCAUUUUGUUGCCGUCCUACAUCUGCACCCUCCAGAUCUACGCCUUCUGCAACACCCACGACGUCACCUGGGGCACAAAGGGUGAUAACGUCAUGCGCACCGACUUGGGAGGAGCCAUCGGUAAAGGCAGCACAGUCGAACUGGAAAUGCCUUCGGAACAACUCGAUAUCGACUCCGGCUACGACGAAUGCCUCCGUAACCUCCGCGACCGCGUCCUCGUCCCCGCCGUCCCCGUGUCCGAGGAACAGCUACAGCAGGAUUACUACAAAUCCGUGCGUACGUACAUGGUGGUCACAUGGAUGGUCGCCAACGCUACGCUUGCUAUGGCUGUUAGCGAGGCUUAUGGUAACUCUGAGAUUGGGGACAACUUUUACUUGCGCUUUAUCCUCUGGGCGGUGGCCGGCUUGGCGCUGUUUAGAGCGUUGGGGAGUACCACGUUUGCGGUUAUUAAUCUUGUGUCUGCAUUGGUGGAGGGGAGAGUCAGGCUGAGCUUGAACAUGAAGGGGUUUAGGUGGAUUAAGGAGAAGUGGGGGGAUGCGGAUGUGAAGGGCAAGUUUGAGGGGCUGGGGGAUAGGGCUAGGGGGUUGGCGAGGCGGUAA